AUGUCUAAGACUAUGCGCGCAGUUGACAUCAAAGCCGGCACCGGCCAUGCCGACGCUCUCUACAUUAAGGACUCAGUCCCCAAACCUACCCCCUCAUCUGGCGAAGCCAUUGUCAAAGUUAAAGCUUUUGGACUCAACCGCAUGGAUCUCCUCCAACGCGAAGGUCUUUACCCCGUUCCAUCGCAAGCCCCCAAAACUCUCGGUGUAGAAUUUUCCGGUACAAUUGAAAGUCUAGGCACGGAUAUUAAAGAAGGAUUCAAUGUUGGAGAUGAGGUUUUCGGUUUGGCGUAUGGGGGUGCUUAUGCGGAGUUUAUUGCUGUGAGCACGCAUAUGCUUUUGAAGAAACCUGGGCAUUUGAGCUGGGAGGAAGCUGCUGGAGUUCCUGAGACAUGGAUAACGGCUACCCAAGCCAUGUUCCUCGUCGGCGAAUUCUCCAAGGGAAAAUCUAUACUCUGGCACGCGGGUGCCUCAUCCGUCUCCAUUUCCGGCAUUCAACUCGCGAAAAACUCCGGCGCAUCAGCUAUUUAUGUAACGGCUGGCUCGCAAGAAAAGAUCGAUUUCUGUGUCAAAGAAUUAGGCGCCACAGCGGGUUUCAACUACAAGACACAGGACUGGGCGAAGGAAAUCCUAGCUGCUACCGAUGGCAAGGGUGUGGAUAUCGUCAUUGAUUUCGUGGGUGCAAACUAUUUCCAAGGAAAUCUCAACGUAGCAGCCAAAGACGGAAGGGUAGUUCAUCUGGGUGCGAUGAGCGGGACGAAAUUACCAAAUGGAGUUGACAUGAGUGCAUUUGUGAUGAAGAGGGUAAGGUUUGAGGGAAGUACUUUGAGGAGUAGAGAUGUGGAGUAUCAAGGAAAGUUGAGGAAUAAGUUGGAGGAAUACAUUCCAAAGUUCGAAGAUGGCACAUUCAAGAUUUUUGUGGAUAAGGUAUUCCCUUGGGAGCAGGUAGUGGAUGCGCAUAAGGAGAUGGAGAAGAAUACCAACGCCGCCAGAAAAUAUGCAACGGAAAGAUACUUUGUACCGGAAGCUAAAAAUCUCGCUUGUAAGAUUACCGAACCAACUCAAGUGGUCGAGUAG